UAGGAAUCGAGACACAGAUCGAUCGUCGUGCGCGCGCGGGCGAUCGAUCCAGCAGCAGCGGCGGCGAUGUCGGACGACGAGGACUGCCGGACGACGGCGGCGCUGCUGGCGUCGACGUCGUCUAACCACCGGGCGGUGCUGCUCCACGGCAGCCUGGACAUCUGGAUCGACGAGGCGUGCAACCUCCCGAACAAGGACAUCCUGUCCAACACCAUGGGCGGCCUCCUCAAGAGCUGCACCUCCGACCCCGGCUCCAAGUCCACCAGCGACCCCUACGUCACCGUGCUGGUCGCCUCCGCCACGGUGGCGCGCACCUUCGUGAUCCAGGACGACGAGAACCCCAAGUGGCGGCAGCACUUCCUGGUGCCCGUGGCGCACGAGACCGCCGCGGUGAGCUUCGUCGUCAAGGACAGCGACGUGAUCGGGGCGGAGCUGAUCGGCGCCGUGGCCAUCCCCGCGGAGUCCCUCCUGGCCGGCGACCGCGUGGACGGCGUGUACCCGGUGCUGGAGUCGUCUGGGAAGCCGUGCCGGCCGGGCGCCACGCUGCGGAUGUCGGUGCAGUACGUGCCCGUGGCGAGGCUCACCAUGUACAGCCACGGCGUGACGCCGGGCCCGGACUUCCCCGGCGUGCCUAACACCUACUUCCCGCUCCGGCGCGGCGGGCGGGUGACGCUGUACCAGGAUGCGCACGUGCCCGGCGACGGGCAGUGCCUGCCGGAGAUCCGGCUCGGGAACGGGCAGCUCUACCGGCACGGGCAGUGCUGGCACGACGUGUACGACGCCAUGUCGCAGGCGAAGCAUCUCAUCUACAUCACCGGGUGGUCGGUGUUCCACACGAUCCGCCUGGUGCGCGACGGCGGCGACAAGGCGCGGCCGCUGGGCGAUCUGCUCAAGAAGAAGUCGCAGGAGGGGGUCCGGGUGCUGCUGCUCGUCUGGGACGACCCCACGUCCAGGAGCGUCCUUGGCAUCCAGAUGGAAGGUUACAUGGGCACACGAGAUGAGGAGACGCGUAGGUUUUUCAAGCAUUCUUCGGUUCAGAUACUGCUCUGCUCACGAUCUGCCGGGAAAAGGCACAGCUGGGUGAAGCAAAAGGAGACAGGAACUAUUUUUACCCACCAUCAGAAAACGGUGAUCGUCGACGCCGAUGCCGGCAAUGGUAAACGGAAGAUAGUCGCUUUCGUCGGAGGCCUUGAUCUAUGUGGUGGGAGAUAUGACACUCCAAGGCACAAUCUGUUUCACACUCUUCACACGGUGCACAAGGAGGAUUAUUACAACCCAAACUUCGCGGUAACUGAUGAGCGCGGGCCGAGAGAACCAUGGCAUGAUUUGCAUUCCAAGAUCGACGGCCCGGCAGCAUUCGAUGUCCUGAAGAACUUUGAGGAGCGUUGGUCAAAAUCAUCCAAGCGCCACGGGUCCAAGAAAUUGUCGAAAUCAUGUAAUGACACGUUGCUCUGGAUCGAAAAGAUAUCUGAGAUCGCAGCUAUUGACGAUGAUGUAUACUCCAAUGACAAUGACACGGAGAGAUGGGAUGUUCAGAUUUUCCGAUCGAUCGACUCGAACUCCGUCAAGGCUUUUCCCAAGGAUCCACGAGAAGCAACCAUUCAGAAUCUUGUUUGCGGGAAAAAUGUACUAAUCGAUAUGAGCAUACACACAGCCUACGUUACCGCCAUCCGAGCAGCCCAACACUUCAUCUAUAUUGAAAAUCAGUAUUUCCUUGGCUCUUCAUUUCAAUGGGAUUCACAUAGAGAUCUUGGCGCGAAUAAUUUAAUACCGAUCGAGGUAGCCCUGAAAAUUGCUAACAAGAUCUACGCGAACGAGAGAUUUUCGGCCUACAUAAUAAUUCCGAUGUGGCCUGAAGGCAACCCAACCGGUGCUCCAACACAGAGAAUUCUUUACUGGCAGAAGAAAACAAUGCAGAUGAUGUACGAGAUAAUCUACAAGGCAUUGAAAGACACGGGAUUGAAUGGUUCAUAUGACCCACAGGACUACCUGAAUUUCUUCUGCCUCGGCAACCGAGAAGCGGUGGAAAAUGCCGCUUUCUCCGAAGCAUUUUCACACACCAACCCUCAGGUGAGAAUCGAUCGAGACCAAGCUAGGAAGAACAGGAGGUUCAUGGUGUACGUGCACUCCAAGGGCAUGAUCGUGGACGACGAGUACGUGAUCAUCGGGUCGGCCAACAUCAACCAGAGGUCCAUGGAGGGGACAAGGGACACCGAGAUCGCCAUGGGCGCGUACCAGCCCCACUACACCUGGUCCAACAUGUUCUCUGCUCCCCGCGGACAGAUCUACGGGUACAGGAUGUCGCUGUGGGCGGAGCACACCGGGGGCGUGGAGGCGGUCUUCGAGCGGCCGGACACGCUGGAGUGCGUGCGGCGGGUGCGGGGCAUCGGGGACGCCAACUGGAAGCGGUUCGUGGCGGAGGAGGUGACCGAGAUGCGGGGGCACCUCAUCAGGUACCCCGUCGCCGUCGAGUGGAACGGCAAGGUGGGGCCGCUGCAGGGGUGCGCCGCCUUCCCGGACGUCGGCGGCAACAUCUGCGGCUCCUUCUCCGGCAUCCAGGAGAACCUCACCAUAUGAUCUCUUCUCUAGUAGUGCGCCAAGCAUUCGUAGACGCACGAUUAACAAAUUAGUGGUCCAGAUGCAAAGAGAGAGACAACUCAGUCAUAUGUAGUGCUCCCCGCAGUUUUAUGCUCUUUCUCCGGUAAAAAAAAAGUGUUUUUGCAUGGGUUUCACAAUAUUUUCAGGCAUGCUGGAGCAAAGUUUGCUGAACAUAUUUUCAGGGAAAAA